AUGGGUGUUUUGACGAUCGACAAGCCUCGAAACCGAAUUAGAGACUCGGUGCUUGUGAAGUUUCACUUUUAUGUGUUAGUGGUGGGCAUAUGCAUAUCGUUGUUUUUCCUGUGUGUCUAUCCUUACACAUUUGAUCAUGGAAGCAACUCUACGUUACAAGCUACUCCUUUGGGAGAUGAUCAGCAUUCAAGUCUUGGCAAGAGUUCAUGGCGCAUAAUACUUGUUCAGUCAGUUUUUAGUAUAUUUCGCCUGCUGACUAACGCAGCGAAAUAUCAGUAUGUGAUGAUAAUAGGGUUAAAGAUCAGGGUAAUGCAACUUUCGGCAAAGAAGGUUACUCUAAUUGUGGAACAUGAUUCGGAGUCGAAGUCGAAUGAGAUUGUUGAUGUGAAAGAGAGAUUGCCUACUUGGUCAGCUGUUAAGGUGGCAGGUGGUUUCUUAGCAGCUGUGACGCUUAUUUUCGGUUUCAUGUCAAGCCUAGGCAAAAGUUCCGGCUGGAGAUUUGAUUAG